AUGGCAGACAUAACAGUCGAUACAGCAACUCGAUCCAAUAUCACCGAAAUCGCAACUGAACAUGUCGAUUUUGAAUGGAGAGUCGAUUUCGAAACACAAGUUAUCUCGGGCAGUGCGACUCACACUAUGAUAGUGAAGAAAACUGGAGUCACAGAGGCUAUUUUUGAUACCGGGGAUCUGAGCAUCAGUGCGAUCACCAUUAACGGACAAGCCGCACAGUAUACUCUUGAUCCCAAGGAUCCAGUCACAGGUUCUGCUUUGCACGUUGUUCUUCCCGGAGGUUUGCAAGAAGAAGCCAAGGUCACCAUCAAGGUUUACUACAGAACCACCCAAGACUGCACUGCGUUACAAUGGUUGGACAAGGAUCAAACGCAAGGAAAAAAGUUCCCUUAUCUAUUCAGCCAGUGUCAGCCUAUCUACGCGCGCUCCCUUGCGCCUCUUCAAGACACUCCUGGAAACAAAAUUAAAUACUCCGCAAAAGUCACUGCUGUACUUCCAGUACUGCUCUCUGCUAUACGUAUAUCGCCACCAUCCGACGGGCCCCCUCACGAUGGCAAAGAAAUAGGAACGGACCUUGUGACCUAUACAUACGAUCAGCCCAUACCAAUCCCGUCGUACCUGAUUGCUAUCGCAGUGGGCAACGUCCUCUAUGAAGAGUUUAAAACGCCUGAAGGCAAACAAUGGACCAGUGGUAUCUGGGCUGAACCCGAGACGAUCGAAGCCGCGUACUACGAGUUUAGCGAAGACACAACGAAGUUUUUGGCAGCGGAGGAGGAGCUCGUCACGUCCUAUCGAUUCGGGGUGUACGACCUGCUCGUGUUGCCACCUUCUUUCCCAUAUGGAGGCAUGGAAAACGCGUGCCUGAGUUUUUUGACUCCAACUCUCUUGACCGGGGACAGAACCCUCGUCGACGUUGUCGUGCACGAGCUCACCCACUCAUGGUUCGGAAACGGCGUCACCCACGCAAACCCCUCCCACUUCUGGCUCAACGAGGGCUGGACGACGUACAUCGAGCGCGUGCUGCAGGAGAAACUGCACUCCCCCGCCGCCCGCGGCUUCGCAUAUGUGAUCGGGUCCAAGGCGCUGUACGACUCGCUGAAGGACUACGAGGACCGGCCUAAGUUCCAGAGGCUCGUCAUCGCCUUUGAGGAGGGCGAGGAUCCCGACGACGCAUACAGCAGCAUUCCAUACGAAAAGGGUGCGAAUUUCAUCCUGCACCUCGAAGAAACCCUCGGCGGACUCGACGUGUUCUUGCCCUACGUCAAAAGCUACGUCGAGAAGUUCAUGGGGCAAAGCAUAACAACCGCCGAAUGGAAGGAGCACCUCUACGAGUACUGGCGCGACGCCGACGAGUCCAAGAUCGCCGCCCUCGACGACGUUGACUGGGACGGCUGGCUGUACGGCGAAGGCACCGAGCUGCCAGUGAAAAUGGUGUACGAUCUGACAUUAGCAGAGGCGGCGUGGUCGCUCGCAGAGAGGUGGGACCAAGCGCGGGACAAGUCCGUCAAAGAUCUCGACUUUACCGAAGACGAUCUGAAAGGAUUCAACUCGAACCAGAUCGUCGCCUUCCUCGAGAAACUCCAGUCCUACGAUGCACUGCCCUCUCCCCUCAUCGAACACCUCGGCUCGCUCUACCAAGUAUCCAGCACACCCAACGCCGAAAUCCGGCUGCGCUUCUACGGCGUCGCGCUCUUAGACCCUACCUCGGACGCAGCCAAAACGUUCGCGGUCGAAGCUGCCAACUGGGUCGUGGGCAAGGACGGCACCGGGGUGAUCAAGGGCAGGAUGAAGUUCUGCAGGCCCGUCUUGCGCGAUGUGGGAAAGGUUGAUAUUGAGUUUGCGAGGAAGGAGUGGAUCGCUGCUCGGGAUCAGUUCCACCCUAUUGCGCGCAAGUUGAUUGACAAGGAUUUGGGCAUCACGAAAGCUUGA